UUGGUGGUGGAGGCAAGAGGUGCUGUUUGAUAACACGGCAUGCCUCUGUUCAGUGUGUGGUGUGCUACUGUGCGGUGCUGAGAAUGAAGUUACUCAGACGCUGGUGGACUCGGGCGGCGGUUCACAGCCUUCGAGGUCACGUGGUUAUUGUUAUCGUCUUCCUCGUAUUUACCCUGCACGUCACUACAAGGAGAGAGAAACCAGAAGAGAAUAACAAGGGGAGAGACUUGUUUCCAAUUGACUUUGAGGAGCCGAGGGAGGAGCUGGCACGGUCUAUUCCACCUCCACCUGACCGUCCCCCUGCACCCUUCCACGCACUUGUUCUGGACCCCUUCGAUGACUGGGUGGAAGCCAGGGGUUCGAACCGUGAGUUUUUCCUGUACUCUGCUUAUCUGGACAAGCGGGCAGCCACAGACCAAGUGAUCAUCGUGGCUAUUGUCAAGAGAAGAAAAUCGAUAAGAUCAUGCACGGUAUGGAGCGAGGGGACCACCACAGAGGAGAAGGGCAGGGUCAAAAUGAUUCACGAGAACUGGAACCUCCCGUACACUGCAGCCCUGAUUAUCUGCAACAUCCCUAAGAACUCGAAACCAACACAUGUGGCUCUUACGUCCUUUCCUGACACGAUACUGGUAGUGCAGGACAUGAAGGCGAGGAGAAAUGAAGGGCGUAUGAGUGUCUGUGUGAAGCCCCUGCACUAUGAAUAUGACAGGGCCCUAUGGCUUGUGGAGUUCAUUGAAUUCUACAAGCUCAUGGGAGUGGACAGGUUCAUCUUCUACAACCACACGAUGGGACCGAGUAUAGACGCAGUGGUGAGGCACUACAUGGCGGAAAACGUCGUGACCCUCCUGCCGUGGACUCUGCCGGUGACCACGCAGAAGGAUAUCAGGACGGAGGGGAUCUUUGCGGCUCUCAACGAUUGCAACCUUCGCUCUGUCAACAGGUUCACCUUCUCGGCAAUGGUGGACUUCGAUGAGUUUCUGGUGCCGAGGAAACACGACUCACUCAUUGAGCUUCUGGACACGUACGGUACCAAGGACAGCAACUACGUAUUCCAGAACGUCUUCUUCUACCUGUACUGGGAGAACGACACGACAGCUGUAUACGACAAGUUGAUCCAGGAAGGAGUGUCGCCAGUGGAAGGCCCCGCAGAGCCCUACCUCCUCACGGCUUUCAAGACACGCAGACUCAAGAAACCUCACAAGCAUGGGGUGCGCUCCAAGUACAUAGUGAGGCCUGAGAGGGUCCUGGAGCUCGGGAACCACAACGUUUGGGAGUACAUAGGACGAAAGGCGUGGAAGAAGGUACCUCCUGAAGACGGCCUGUCCCACCACUACCGGAUCUGCGAGUACGGGGGCUUUGACUGUUUGAAGCAACCCAACAUGGUGGACCGACAGACGCACACCUGGCUGGGGGAGGUGUACCGGAGCGUAUUGACUCAGUGUGCACAAAUAUUCCAAAAAGAGGGUUUCUGCCCCCGAGCCCCCCCUCUUGGGUCCCCGUGGUGAUAGUGUGUGUGUGUGUGUGUGUGUGUGUGUGUGUGUGUGUGUGUGUGUGUGUAAAUAUCUGUGCCUUAUAUUUGUCCAAUAGUGCUUUCAAAAUAUGUGCCUUAUUAAUUUUUUUUUAUCUCGUUCUUGUUCUUAUUCUUUUUCUUGUUUUCUCCUUCCCCUUUUUAAUCUUUUUUUCUGUUUCUCUUCUUGUCCUCUCUCUCUCUCUCUCUCUCUCUGUUUCCCUUUUUCCUUCUCCCCCUUUUUUUCUUCUCUUUCUUUCUGUGUCUUAUUCUAUCUACUUCUUCUCUUCUUGUCUCUUUCCUUCUUCCUCUUUUUCUCUUCCUUUCCUCUCUUCUUGCUACAUUCCUAGCCUGCUGAUCUUUCCUAUUUUCCCUUUUUCCUUCUCUAUACUGCUACUACUACUACUACUACUACUACUACUACUACUACUACUACUACUACUACUACUAUUACUACUACUACUACUACUACUACUACUACUGCUACUAUUACCUGAAAGUAAAUUAAAAUGGUUCCUGUGGUGUCUUCCUCUAAGGUUGUUUUCAGUGUGUGUGUGUGUGUGUGUGUGUGUGUGUGUGUGUGUGUGUGUGUGUGUGUGUGUGUGUGUGUGUGUGUGUGUGUGUGUGUGUGUGUGUUAUUUAUUUAUUAUUUUCGAGUAUAAGGGAGUUCUUUGUUUCUUUAUUUAUUUAUUGUUAUUUCCUCUGUUUGUUUGUUUGUUUGUUUGUUUGUUUAAUCUUUCCCUCGUGCUAACAAGAUUGCAUAUUGUUAAAGAAAAAGUAAAAAAAAAAUAUAUAUAUAUAUAUAUAUGUAA